CUGCAUGAUCUGCGUCACAAAUAGAACUGACUUCUAUUUUAGCCCUUGGCAACGCAGACGUUCGUUGGCGCACCCGAGCAGUGUGGGUGUAAUAAUUGAAUAAUAGAAAUUUCUAAAUGUAUUUUGCAACGCGAGCGGUGUAGUCAUCCUGUAACACUUCAGCUCCAUUAUUCGAGUGGCGUAGCCAUCAGCUUCCUGUCAAUGUGACGUUCUACCUGCUACACAGAGCGCAUUGUUUUGAAAGUGGAGAGUAGAGAAGAGAGUCUUUAUUCUAUUUUCCCCUAAUGUACUGUACCAUAUUUAUUGAUUAUGCGUAAGUACAAUAGCGCUGGUCCAGUUUUUCGCAAGUACUCAUUAAAUUGUUGCUAGUGGCUGUACUCUUAAUUACACAAGUUGCUUUUGUUUAUAUUGUGAACAGUCAAUGUAGCUAGCUAGCUAUAGUUUCUGUUAGCUAGUAGCUUCUUGACUUUAUAAAUAUUAGUACCACAUCCAAUGCUGUAUAGUCGAGAGUACAUUCAACAAAAAUCUGCAUUAUUUCUCAAUAUUUCAAUUAAUACGAUAGAAUGAACGUGCACGUCAGCCAUUGAGAAUUAAACCUCCAUGAUUCUUGAGCUUGGACGUUGCCGUUGGACGUGAUGCAACGUUAGCGCAACACGGGCAGUUUAGCAGCUUUCAUUGAUUUCAAAGGAAGCAUUUCCUCAAUGGCUGAUGGCAAUGCUGGAUGACCGAUGGCUAUAGUGCAGCAGUUCAGUAAGGAAAUUAAUUUAUAUGUGUCCUAUCUGUAACCCAAAAUAACCUAGCAGAGUUAUUAAAAGUCUUAUUGAAACAUUCAGUGAAAGUUUUAAGGAAGUUAUUCAAAAACUUCCAAAUAACCUAUCAUUUCUUUUUUUCAGAGCAUUAAUAAAACCUCCCAGGAAAACCUUCAAAGAACCAGAGUAAAACGUUCUCCGCACCUCCCUGAAACGUAAAAACAAAUGUUCCCAGAACAGGCAAAAUUUUCACUUCUGUUCUCAGAACUCUGUCCCUUCCCUGACAGUACCUAGAACCCUACUCAUGUGGCAUCAAGACAACGUUGGAGGUUGGAAUUACCAGGGACUGGGAGACCAAGUCACCAUGGAAACAGACAAGAGUUCACUCCACAGAGGAAUCUAUAUUGACUUGAAGGUUUCACUUGGUUUUUCUAAAGGGCACAAUGCAGGGACACAUCCCUCCACCCCCUCCCCAGGAAUGGCAUUGCCCAGCUUGCAGCACUAUGUGGACAGGUUGAUGUUUGAGGGCCAGUGUGCAGACUGUGCGUUGGUGAACGUCAGUACCCGCAGGGUGAUGGCGGCCACUCCAGGGGGAUCACUGGAACAUCUGACCCGGCGUGAGAUUAGGAGGAUACUGGCCAGGAAGAGAGAGGCCAUCCAGACCCAGGGAGUGAGCCUGGGGGGGCUGCGCUGUGCCCUGUUGAGGGACAACAUGGUCACCCCAGGGGAGAGGUCAAUGGACCUGCGCACCAAGCACAGGCCCAGCCGGGGUGUGGCCGUGCGCCGGACACGCCAUCUCCUCCUGGUGCUCCUCGGCAACAGGGGGAUCAGCAGCGGAUUCCUCAAUCACAAGGCCUAUCAGAUGGCUGCAUGCCUUCGCAAGGCAGGAUCAUCACAACUUGCUUGAAUUUACUGCUUACCUGAACUCUUGCUUGGGAGGAUAUUCCUGUGUCAUGAACAGUAUGGGAUAUUUGACAGAGUAAACUGAGUUGAAACUGUCUAAAACUGUCUACACUGUGUCCUGUAGUUAGUGACAUAUUUGUGCUUCUUUAAUUGUGUAGUGACCUAGAAUACAGUGACCUAGUAUGCAAGACAAGUACACACAAGUCUGUAUGGCCAGGUCCCACAUUGUCAUUACAGUAUUACAUGGUCAGCCACAGACCAGGAUAAACAGGCAAUGUGACAAUAACUGACAAAAAGACAGUUAAAAAGUUAAGUGUCAGACACUCAGUUUAACAAGUAGUAGGCUAAGCAUGCCUGCUGCUUGGAAUACUAGACACCAAUAGCAGUGUAAAUACGUACCCUGUCAAGAAUCUUGGAGAAAUGGUCACACAUUGCGUUCAUAACUUGCAUAAUAGCAUAACCUGAGUCUAAGGUCUAUAAUAUACCUUCAGAACAGAAUGUAUUAGAGACAUGAACAAUUAAGGAAGAAAUGUAA